CCAGCACUAAUCCGCUCUCAGUGGGCGUAAAAAUAAUUCAUUCAGAAAAAACACCAAAUAAUUAUCAACUAUAGUAACAUAUAGCAAUUAUUACGCCACGUAGCGGAGGGUGCAGCAUGUCCGAGUUGAAGGCACCGUCAUUGCAGUCGCUGCUGGAGUCGGAUCGCGGCUCCACCGACAGCCUGCUGGCCGAAUCAUUGCAACUCGACUUUGAGGAUCUGGACGAUGCAGAGUUUGCCAUUCCGCCCACCGAUGUCCUGCCCACCCUGGAGGCGGUGCUCAGCGAAUUUGAGGCCGAUUCGGACGUUGCCUCAGAGUUGGGGGUGCCGGUGCAGCAUGCCACUCCCACCCCCUCGAUAGGGGAGGAUAGCGCUCUCCGCGGCGACGGCCGCAGCGGCGGGGGCUCGAUCAUGCGAUACACCCUGCUGCAUGGCAUUUCCGCACAGCUGACAUCCGCAGGGGAGCGAGUGAACGCGGGGGCGGCCAGCGCCUGUGCCGUGGCCGCCUACAUAGCUGUGGGCACAUCCCACGGCCACAUUCUGAACUUCGAUGUGACCCAGACGCUGCGCUGGGCCCACCAGGACAAGCACGGCCACGGAGCGGUCUCCAGCCUCGCCUUCAACGCGGAUUCCACGAGGCUGCUGGCAGGAUAUGCCCGCGGACUGGUCGCCAUGUUAGACACGCACUCAGGGGAUGUCCUGCGAGAGCUCUUCGAUGUGAUAACCCCAAACACUGGAGUGCUGCACGUAAAGUGGACCUCGCGCUCGUCCCUGGCGCUCUGUGCGGAUGCGGGAGGAUCUGUGUGGUCGCUGAGUUUCACCCGAAAGCUGGGCAUCCGUGGCUGCAGCUCGCGCUGCCUCUUCUCGGGCGCAAGGGGCGAGGUCUGUGCCGUGGAGCCGCUCAUCAUGGACUCGCAGGGGCGCCACGAGCUCGAUCAGUACUGCAUUGUGGCGCUGGCAACGCUCUCCAAGUACUUUAUCGUCACUGUGCGCCCGCGCCUUCGCGUGAUCAAAUAUCAUGUGCUGCAGGGUCCACCCGACUGCCUGCCACUCCUCGCCUGGCACCUGGUGCUCAUCCAGGCGGCAGACACCUCGCGCUCCGUGGAUCCCGUCAUCGUUGUGGGCCGCGGCAAUCAGCUCUUCUUCCACCAGCUCUUCGUGUCGAAUGGAAGGAUCACGCUGCUCUACCUGCGGCACGUGCAGCUCCAUGGCAGCCUCCUCUCCGCCCACUGGCUCGGACCCAAGUGCGUGGCAUCGCUGGACACCUCGGAGAUCCUGCACCUGGUGGAUGUGCGCUCCAGCAAGGAGCUCGAGUGCAUGGAUAUGGCCAAUGCGGGCCUCGUUUACGGCUCGGCGCAGUUCAAGGGACUGGCCACGGGUGGCAAUGUCUCGCCCGCGUUCGCUCUGGCGGGCAGCAAUGCCUGCUACAACUCUGUGGUGUCGCGUGGCACCCAGUUGUAUGUGCUGGGCGCCCGUUCGCUGCACAUCAUUGGCGUGCGAACGUGGUCGGAGCGGAUUAGCUACUUGGUGAAGCAUCAUCGGUGGCAGGAGGCCUGCCAACUGGCCCUCGAUGGCUACGUUGCCUCCGUGGAUCGUCCGCGGAAGCGUGCCCAAGCGAAGGAGCGCAUCAUAAUGCUGUUCAGGGAAUACAUUGCCAACUCUGCGCGUGCCCCCGACUACUGCCUGGGAUCAAUAGUCAAUUGCUUGAUCACCAUCGGGGAGCUGGAGCUGCUGUGGACACAGCUCUGGGAGAAGCUGCAGGGCAACAGCAGGGAGCUCUUUCUGCAGCACAUAUCGGAGCACAUCGAAAGGGAGACCAUCCACAGCGUCAAUCCGUUGAUAUCCCAGGCCCUGGUCGACUACUGGCUGGAGCGCUCGCCCGCCAAGCUGGAGAAGCUCAUCCUGAAGCUGGAUUGGAUGUGCCUCGAUCUCAAUCAGGUGCUCAAGGCAGUGAAGCGGCAUCGCUUGUACCGCGCACAGAUCUACCUCAACACACAGGCGCUCAGCGACUAUACGGCAGCGCUGACGGAGCUCCUGCCGCUGGUCACGCCACAGGAGACGGAUUUGGGCAACUGCCUGCUGGUGUACGUUUCCAGUUGCCUCGCUGGCAGGGGCUAUCCCACGGGGGACAUACCCGCGGAGCAGGUGCAGCAGGUGAAGCACGAUGUCCUGCGGUGUCUCACCUCGCAACAUUCCAAGGCGGGCCGGGAGGAAGAGGAGCUGCCGUAUCCCUAUCUGCGGGCACUCUUGAAGUUCGAUACGCGCGAGACCCUCAAUGUCAUCUCGCUGGCCUUUCAGGAGCGCGAAUUCAGCAAUGAGCUGGGCUUCUCCCAUCGCAAGAGGAUCAUUUAUUUGCUGCUCGAGAUCAUGACGCCCGAAAAUGCCGCAUGGGCGGAAAUUGGCUGCCUGUUGAACUUUAUUGCCCAGCAGAUCUCGAUGCAGUGCCUGCCACGGGACAGGCAGCUGUUGCAGCGCGUCCUCAGCCACUUGGCGCAGGAACACAUCGAGCAUGAGAGCAGUCGCCAGCAUUCGGAGCGGGAGAGCGCCUGGCAUGAGCUGUUGUCGAGCAAUUGCCUGGCGGACAUCAGCGGCGACGAGGAGCAGCUGGCUCUGGCAGAACGGGCGCGCUGCUACUAUGUGGUGGAGUAUCUCCUGGAGAAGCUGCAGCGGUACGAAAACAUCUUGGACUGCUACAUCCAGAAUGAGUCCAGGCACGAGACAAUGUUCGCGUACAUGGAGCGACAUGUGUCUGUGCCCGGGCGGUGCAUUUAUCCGCAGUUGAAGCAACAUCUGCGACAGCUGCUGACGAUCAAUGCGAAGGAAACAACGCGCCUGCUGGCGCUGCACUAUCCGGGGCGGAUAAUGGAGCUGCUGGAGACCCUGCUGAAGGAGGAACGCCUGCUCUUCUGCUUCCUAAAGUGCUUGAACGAGCGCCAGUGCGAGCUGGAGGCGGAACAGAUGGAGCUGCUGCUGGAGCUGUUUUGCAAACUGGACACAGCCGCGGCAGUGGAGCACUUCCUGGCCACCAACUGCGGCUAUCGCCUGGAGCAAGCCAUUGCCAUAGCAGAGCGCCAUCGACUCAAUCGAGCUGUGAUCUACCUCUACGAGAAGCAGGAGAGCUACGCGAAAGCCUUUGAGCUCUCCAUGGAUAUGCUGCGGGCGGCGGCAGGCGAGCCGGCGGUGGAGGAGGCGCAACAGAUCUCGGCUCUGCUCUCCCGAUCCGUGGAGAGACUGCCGCCGCAGGAGCUGGAGCGCUGCUGGUUCACACUGCUGCAAUACAUUCUGCCCCACCAGGAGCUGCAGACCAUCACCAAGGCCAUGCUGCACGAGGCCUCGCAGCACAUCGAUCUGCACAAUCUCGUGCAGCUGAUCAUGAACACGCCCCACAAUGUGAACAGCAGCUUUGGGGACAUCAAGGAUCUGCUGAUGGGAAUGCUGGACAGUUCGCGGCAUCAAACGGAAGCCCUGCGCACUGCCGCAGAUGCUCUUUGCCAGAACUUGCACGUGCAAUUCGCGAGGCAGCAGCGUGUGGCACGGCGCGGCUUGUGGAUAACCAGCACCAAAUGCUGCAUCUGCCGCCAGCGGCUGAGCAAUCAGACACAGUUCCUCGUGAUGGGCUGCUGUGGUCAUGCCUUGCACGAGGACUGUCUGGCGGAGUGCCCCCAAGUGCCAGAGGAGGAGUGUCCGCGCUGCUAUGCGAAUAUUCCACUAGGAGUUGACGGACAGAGUAGCAGCUGCCUGUGGCUCCCACAAGCCAAUCGUCGCCUGUUGUCCCAAUCUUCUGCCAUGGAGAUGGGUGCACUGCAGCUGAAGGCACCGCCCAGACGUUUCUGUUAGCACUGCAUUUCCCCUUGUGUGUGUGUGUGUGUAUAU